AUGGGGAAUUGUUUUAGGCGCGAAUCAAGGAUCGGGUACGCCACCGAGGAGGAGGAGGAGUGGGAGGAUUUUGCGGCGGAGCAGGGUUCUUUUGCGGCGGGGAGCGGUGGUAGGAGACCGAGGAGAGUGGUGAAGAUAAAGAUGACGAAGAAACAGUUGGAGGAGUUGGUUGGGAAAGUUGAGUUGAAGGAGUUGAGAGUGGAACAGGUUUUGGCCCAAUUCAUGAAUCACUCGCUCCAACGGGCUUGGAGGCCUGCUCUUCAAAGCAUUCCAGAAGAUUAA